GCGUGCUCUCCAGCGGGGGGCAGUAUCUGGUCUCUCGGCUCUUCAGUCUGCCCGAAUGUCCUUACAGAAGAAGGGUUAUUUUGGUCACACGGGGUGAUAUAACGAUAUAACCUCCCGGUUUCUACUGGUGUUUCUCUUCUGAGGAGCUAAAGAACCAGCGGACAGGUCUGAGCUCUGAGCCCGGACCCUGAGGAGAGGAGAGCAGCGCGUGAGCUCCGUGCUGAGCGGCCCGGUCCAGAGAUGAUUCCGUCCAGCAGAUACUCGCUGCAGGCACAUCGGUGUAUACGUGCUCUGAAAGCUGUUCAGACUGAGCAUGUGGUUCCACAAGUGUACACAAGGCGCAGUUCGUCUGCUCCUGUGCCAAGAAUUACGUCCCAUUAUACGAUCUGCCCCCGAGAUAAGGACCCACGAUGGGAAGGUGUGGAAAUGGAGCGCUUUGCUGAUGAAGCAGAUGUUGUCAUUGUGGGCGGAGGCCCUGCCGGACUAUCGGCAGCCAUUCGGUUGAAGCAGCUGGCCAAUCAGCACGAGAAAGAGCUGCGAGUGUGUGUGGUGGAGAAAGCAUCUCAAAUUGGAGCUCACACGCUAUCUGGAGCCUGUCUGGAGCCCAGCGCCCUCAACGAACUUAUCCCAGACUGGAAGGACAGAGGGGCACCACUGAACACAAAAGUCACAGAAGACCGAUUCGCCAUCUUGACAGAAAAAUACAGGAUUCCUGUUCCAAUUCUUCCAGGUCUCCCCAUGAACAACCAUGGAAACUACAUUGUGCGGCUGGGCCACUUCGUGCGCUGGCUGGGGGAGCAGGCCGAGGAGCUGGGGGUGGAGCUUUAUCCGGGCUACGCUGCGUCGGAGGUGUUGUUCCACGAGGAUGGAAGUGUGAAGGGAAUAGCAACAAAUGAUGUGGGGAUUGCCAAAGAUGGGUCACCUAAGGACAUAUUUGAGCGAGGCAUGGAGCUCCAUGCCAAAGUCACCGUGUUCGGGGAGGGCUGUCAUGGACAUCUGGCCAAGCAACUCUAUAAACAUUUUAACCUGAGAGAGGGCUGUGAGCCACAGACCUACGCCAUCGGCCUCAAAGAGCUGUGGCUGAUCGAUGAGAAGAAAUGGCGCCCCGGCCGGGUGGAGCACUCUGUCGGCUGGCCUCUGAACCGCAACACAUACGGAGGUUCCUUCCUCUACCACCUGAACGAGGGAGAGCCGAUGGUGGCUUUGGGUUUAGUGGUGGGCCUGGACUACACUAACCCUUACCUGAGCCCAUUCAGGGAAUUCCAGCGCUGGAAGCAUCAUCCCUCUGUGGUGCCCACGCUGGAGGGUGGAAGCAGGAUAGCGUAUGGAGCCAGAGCUCUUAAUGAGGGAGGUUUCCAGUCCGUGCCUAAGCUGACGUUUCCUGGCGGUGCUCUUAUCGGCUGCAGUCCAGGCUUCAUGAAUGUGCCCAAGAUCAAAGGCACCCACACGGCCAUGAAGAGCGGCAUGCUGGCAGCUGAGGCCAUCUUCAGCAAACUGACAGACGAGAACCUGCAGUCUGACACAGCAGGUAUCCAUGUUCCCAGCUAUGAGGAAAGCCUGAAGAACUCCUGGGUAUGGAAGGAGCUGCGUUCCGUGAGGAACAUUCGACCAUCAUUCCAUAACUACUUUGGUCUGUAUGGAGGGAUGGUGUACACUGGUAUCUUCUACUGGAUACUGCGGGGCAAAGAGCCAUGGACCCUUAAACACGCCGGUUUGGAUGCAGCCCAGCUCAAGCCAGCAAAAGAGUGCACGCCCAUAGAGUACCCUAAGCCUGAUGGGAAGAUCAGUUUUGACCUUCUGUCAUCGGUAGCUCUGAGUGGGACCAAUCACGAGCACGAUCAGCCCCCUCAUCUCACACUGAAGGACGACAGCGUUCCAGUAGCACAAAACCUUGCCGUCUAUGAUGGCCCAGAGCAGAGAUUCUGUCCUGCAGGUGUGUACGAGUUUGUUCCCCUGGAAUCCGGUGAAGGUAUGAGACUACAGAUCAAUGCACAGAACUGUGUGCACUGCAAGACAUGUGACAUCAAAGACCCCAGCCAGAACAUCAACUGGGUCGUCCCUGAGGGCAGCGGAGGACCAGCCUACAACGGCAUGUAAACCUUCCAAAGGGUUUUUUUACCUUCCCCACUUCUCCGGGUUCUUCUGCAGUUUUAUUAAUCAUAUGGACUCAUCAUGCAGCGGCAUACAUCUAUACAUCUUCAGGGUCUAUUUUCAUUAAACUUCAAGAUGGAAUUAAGUAUGUUCUUUUUAUUAUGUGCCUACUACAGAAUAUUAAUGCCCGUAUCCAGCGGUGUGGGCAUUAGCAGGAGUGUAAUAAAUUAUCUGGAUGCCAGUGGCAGCGUGUGCUUAGUAUGUUUGAUGCAAUGUUUAAUGCUUGAAAGGCUGCUGGAGUACAGCAGUUUUAAUGUAAUAUAUGAUGAAAGUGUGACCAAGUGAGCUGGUGAAGUCUGCUCAGGAGAACAGCAGUACUUUGGAUUAUCUAUAUACGCACAUGCAUAGCAACUGGUGGGCGAUGCUGUUUCACUGGAUCCCCAUUAGGGCUGGACAAUAAUUGAUUAUCCGGUAUACACUACGAUACCAAAAAAAAUGGGUCUGAUUAUUUACAUUUACAUUAUUUAAAACAUCAGUCCUCGACUGACGUUUAUUAUUUGGUGCUAGGCCUGUCAUGAUAACUUUGAUUGAACAAUAUAUUGUUAAAAACAAAUUGAGAUAAUAAACAAUUAAAUGAUCAAAGUCCUUUAAGGAUUAUAUUUUCUGUAGUAAAGCAUCAGUGUAUCUGUGUGAUUUGUAUCGUCCGAAUCACCCUGCACAAACUUUGUGCUGCAUGAAAACAGGCAAGAUGGCUAAGUUUUCCUGCUGAACAGGUAAUCGCUGAGCCUCAUGAAAGUUUGUUAACCAUAACUAGGUAAUUACUACCACCACUAGUGUAGUAGAAGUGGGCGUUUUGGAUCACUUUCCACUGUGUCUACAUCUGACAACCUGCACAAGCUUCAUGUCUGGAGAGGAAAACUGAAUUCAAGGUUUGCAAAUUGGACUCCUGUAGCCAUUUUACACUAGUUUACAUGUAAUACAGUUUGUUACUUUAAAAAUAUAGACUAAUAAAUUUAAGUUUAUGAUAUGGAUAUAAAAAUAACAAUAAAAGUAAAACUUUUAAAAAAAGCUAUUAAUUCUAAUUCUAUUCAUUUAAAGAAUAUUCAAACAUUGAAACUGGAAUAGAAACCUUUUCAUACAUUCUUUAAAAAUGCAAGUAUUUAUGUACAAAAAUGCAAGUAUUUAUUGUACAAUAUUUAUCUAAAUAUUGUACAAUAAAUCAAUAAUCUAAUUUUUGUGACGGGCUGUAGGGUAAAAAUUAAUUGGUAAGAAUUGUCAGACACAUUGUUGUUAGCAUGCCAGGUUUCUGUGGCUUUUAUAUUGUUUAAAUUGUUAGAAUUUCUCGUAUAAAACCAAAAUUCUGUACAUUGUGAUUAAAAAUGUUGGCCAUAUUGUCCAGCCCUAUUGCCUAGGUACCAGACUAUACGCUGCCAGCAUCAGUAGCUCAGUUAGAGCUGUAUAAAACAUCAAAUUCAGAAACUGUAAGUGCUAAAAUAAAUUCAUUUCACCAAA